AUGACGUCGCUGCUGCUCAUUAGCGGCGUAGCGCUAGUCGGGGGCUCGCUGGCUGCACGGGGGCUGCUGCGCGCCUGGCGCAACAUGAAUAAAAUUUCACAGCUGACAGGAACAUCCCCGUUCAUCCACUACCAUCAAGGCGGAUUCGCUCCCGUCAUGACGCGAAGGGAGGCCUCGCUCAUCCUUGGCGUUCGGUACCACUAUGCCCUUACCACGCGCGUAUUAAUGGCAAAUCAUCCGGACCGCGGAGGCUCUCCCUAUGUUGCUUCAAAGAUCAACGAGGCUCGAGUGCUUCUCGAAGGCAAAAACAAAUAA